ACACAGAUUUGAUAAAGCUUUUACCUUCAAAAGACUGGAAUAUUGAUAAUGAAGAUUGUCUUUAUGAUUGGUUUAAAAGCAUUUUGAAUAUCAUUAAAAUGUAUGAAAAAGAUACUACUAUUUUCGAGAAAAAUGAUAAAAGAAAGACAUGGGAUUUAUUCGAAAAUACAAAGAGAAAGAAUGAUGAAGACAGUGUAGAUUUAGAAGAUCCUUUUAAACCCUAUCCUAUUUUCAACAAAAACAGUAGUCCAAUUUUACAGCAAAAGAAGAGAAUAAAGCAAUCUAACUCUGACAAUGAUUUCAAGCUAUUUGAUUUGACUGCUUCAUCCAAAAAUAAGCCUCAAAUAACAAAAGAAGAAUUAGAAAAACAAAUACUAUGGAGAAAAGAGUUUAUGACUUCAUGGAUCAAGAUGUACAAAAAGUAGGAAGAAUUUUUUUUUUUAACAAAAAAAGCUCAGUACUUACAUAUAUAACAAA